GAACGCGUCGCGGUGACCCGCCACCGUUGCCGCUCGUUCGCGCGUCGUCGUCGUUCGUCGGACUGUCGGAGACAUCGAAAUCGUGACUCGCGCAGCCCGCGGCUUCGACUCUCGAGACUCUCAAGAGGAGCGUUUGCCAGUUUGCAACUCGCCCCGCGUCCCCGUACACUCCCUCCUCCCCAACGCGUCGGGGACAAUACACACGGAUCGGGGUUGUCACCGCCAGGGUUGUUAUCGAGGCCGGAACAUUUUGACGUGCUGAACCACCUGCCAGAAAACAUGGAAAUAUCCAAGAGCCUGCAAGAGGAGAUCUUGGAUGUGCAACAGGAAUUGCAGAAAGCGAUAUUUGAGCAUCAGAUGUGCGUAGAAAAGUUGAAGGAUGACCCAAAUAAUUCAGACAUUCUCGGGCAGAUAAAAAAGAUUCAGGUGCACAUCGUCUCUCUGGGAAGAUGCCAGAAACAGAUCGUGCAGCGACUGCGCAAAGAAGUGGACGCGUUCAAGGCAGACAACGCGAACGGAUCGAAAGUUUCUGUACCAUUUCUCCUCGGAUUGAACAACAACAAUCACAUUACGAACAAUAAUGAAACAAAGCAUGAAGCGACCGCUAAUGGUUUCGGAACGAAGGAGAACUAUGAAAAAGUUGUUAGAAAUGGCGAUGUUCAUCAUUCGCACCUACGAGAUAACGAUUGUGCGAAAUUACGUCCCAGCUCGGUGGAAACCGUUUCCGGCGAGGACGACAUCAUUGAGGUGCCGUUGGACGAAAAUUCUGAUAUCACGCAAGAAAAUAUGCAAAAAGAAAAGGAGAUACAAAUAAAGGAGGUACAAAAGAAGGAAAUACAACAGGAGAAGGUGCAAAUGAAGGAGGAAAUGCAAAAAGAGGAGGUGCAAAACGAAGAAAUGCAAAAGGAGAUAAAAAAGGAGGAGAUGCAAAUGAAAGAAGUGCAAAAUGAAUACAUUGAAUUCACACAUUCGGCCGAAAAGUGCUACUAUCUAAAUUGCCUCGGGCUUAUUACCAAAUCCAAAUUCAUCGAACUGCAAAAUAGGAGAGUGGAAAGAAAACGUCGUAGCACGGCAAAUCCGCAUUUUGUAUAUUCUAUGCUCGAGCAACCAUCCAAACGAAGGAGGUAUUCUUAUUUAUCUGGAAAUCCACCUCACACUCGGCAGACGACUGCACGUAUGAACGGUCCAUCGUCACCACUUAACAAAACUCAGCUAACCAAACCUACCUCGCCAUCGGAACAAACGAAGCCGUUGGUCCCAGUCCAAAAAUCUACUACCAGGCCAAAUAUCCUCAGAAACGCGGAGAGCAAAGUCUUCGUGAAUAAAAGCAAAGUAGAAGACAAUCAAACGCGAUUGUCUGUAUCUAGUGCCAAAUCUGUUCAGUCGGUAGGUAGCAAGGCUGUUCACAUACCUGGAUUACCGUCUAGCUUGACCAUCGAAAGGAUAGGGAGUGACUCUAUCGUAUGCAUCUGUUGUGAAAAUCCAGGUUCAUUAACGUCGUGUAAGAAUUGCUCAAGUAAUUAUCACGUUUCGUGUCAUACUCGACCAGCGCCUCCAUCUAGGAUCUGUCCAAAAUGUGUUUCAGCAAUAAAGGAGGAAGAAGACAUCGAAAAAGAUGAAGAAGAGGAGGAACAAUUGGAAGGCGAGAACAAAUUUCAUUUCAAAAAGGACGAAAAAUUCGCUACAACAGCGAAUGCAUCAGGAUUUAUUGGGCAAGCAAGAGAAGACUCAGAAAUCUAUAAAGCGUCUGGUGGAUUUUAUAAAGUUGAUGCAACUCAGACCAAACACGUCCUCCCCACUGUCUUCGGCGUCAACCAGCUGCCUGCAUCAACCUUCCUCAUCCCAAUCACCAACAAUAUCUCCGCCACAAACAUUAACCAAUCAGAAGACAGCAAAUUCUUUGAUGCUGAAUACCGAGUACAAGACACCGCACAUCGUAACCAUCACGUCAUCAGUCAUCACUCACGACCAAGCAUCGCCUACGUCCAAGAAGACCAGGUGUCCCACUCCUAUCAAUUGCCCAAUACCAUCCAGCCAGAAAAGCAUCAAUCAUACCUCAUCGUUAAGAAAAUCGCCGAGUCGACUGGAAGGUCCAAUCAGUCUCCUGGCGGUGAAACCGAAGACCAAAAUCACUCCGCAGUUUUCAACUACCAAUUGCCGACCAGUUGCAACACUACCAUUCAGAGCGCUGUGCUCCAACCCGUCGUCACCCAUUCCCUGUUCUACGAUCGUGACAACAAUAAGAAACAAACCAAUCGUGCAGUCCCACUCCAUGUCACCAUAUCAAAAUUGUCAAAUUCUCUUCACUCCAUCUCAAACGACCAUCAGCUGGACCGAGCAACCCUCAAUGGUAGGAAACCCUGGGCCAAACUUACACGCGGCAAACUCUGUGUUAAUCAGUCAGCCAGAUCAGCCACAGAAAUCCUACUGUCUUCUUACGGCGACCCCGAGAAUAGUGUCACCGAGCAACAACGGCCAAGAUCAGCUGGAUCUGCGGAGAAAGCUACAACAACGGCGAAUCUCAGUCGUGAGAAGUACCGAUCAAGAAAUUUCAUCCACUCACUGUUCUCAGGCCAUAAUAAGUCCCAUACCGUCACCAGUCGUGCACGUGAGUCACGAAGCCCAAACGAUCGAGACUGUCCGCUCUUGCGACAGCAACUCUGCCGUGAAGAACAUGAACUGGAGCUACACGAGCAAUCAGACAGCAAGCCAGCAGCAGUCCAGCUCCAGCGGCGCGCUCUCACACGAUUCUUCGAGCACGUGAAAUUGGAAGAAGCGCAUAUAUCAGCGCCAUUUAGAACAAAGCUAGCACACAAGAAUGAGAUCAGUGAUAAUGACGAAAUUGCCCGAGAGGACAGUCCGUGCGACGAACAGUACGAUAACGAUGGUGCCAUUGCUGAAACUCCACUAUUGACGUCAUGCGACGUUUUGGACGAGGACCGUUUAAUCAUUCCCGUUCCUUGGCUAGACGCUGACUCAAAAAACGCCUGUGAUGACAUCGUCGCGAAUAAGGUAUCCGUUCGUCGUCUUUCGGACGUAGCCUUGACGCAACCUAAUGAUUAUACCGGCUAUGAACUCGUUCGUAUUAACUCGCGAUCGUCAGUAACUCUACGACAUUCGGUGGAAUGCGAAGACGAUCGACCAACAAUAGCGGCGGCGGCAGCGGCACUGCGCAUACAAAGUAAUCUUUCGGAGCUUUGUAAUGAGGUCUCAGUUCCUGACGAUAAGGCUGACACCGAGAGACAAGACUUACCCAGUGGUAGGCAGUUGAGAAGCAGAAGUAAUAGCAGCAGUAGCAGCAGCAGCAGCAGCAGUAACAGCAGCAGCAGCAGCAGCAACAGCAAUAGCAGCAGCAGUGGUCAUAGCGACACCCCAGAGCAAGCGAUGAACGUGAAUGAUCUCUCAAACGAUUUUAAUAUUCUGGCUAAGAUGGGCUUCGUUUCUCCGGGGGGAAAAGACGAGGAGCAAGUCGGCGAUGAGUCGGCGACGGAGAGUGAGACUGAUGCCGCCACUGAUUAGACAUAGUUAGGAUAAUUAUAUUGACGUUAGGGCUCCUGAUUCUAUGUUGAAUUUUGAGUACGAUUCAAUAGCGAGAACCAUGCAAAAUUUUUUCUUGCACUAUAUAUAUAUGAAGUAAAUUAAUUCCUUCAUCAAUCGUUAUUCAUUUCAAUAAUAUAAAU